GCAGGGUGAAGCUGAUCGUGGCAGCAGAGCCCGUGAUGGUGCGCAGCUCCGUGGACCUGGAGACCCGCAGACUGUCUCUUUAACCGGGGCUCGUUCGCGUGACAGCACCGCGGAAUGGGAAGGGCCGGACCGGUAUCUCCUCCGCUCACUCGCACCGCGUGAAUGUGUCGCGUAAUGCGCCGGAGAGGAGCUUCCUGCCCGGGGAGACGUCUGUGCUUCUGGACGGUUUUGUUGGAGUAGCUGGUUGCUAGCGCGGAGCUAGCGGCGGAGCUCGCUACUUACUUCUUUUAAAGGAUGCUACGGUGGAUCCGGCAGCAGCUGGGCUUUGACCCCCCUCAUCAGAGCGAGACCAGAACGGUUUAUGUGGCAAACCGCUUCCCCCAACAUGGCCACUACAUACCACAGCGCUUUGCCGACAACAGGAUCAUCUCAUCCAAGUACACAAUUUGGAAUUUUAUCCCCAAGAAUCUGUUUGAGCAGUUCAGGAGAAUUGCCAACUUCUAUUUCAUCAUCAUCUUCCUCGUACAGUUAAUGAUAGAUACUCCAACUUCCCCAGUUACCAGUGGGCUGCCUCUUUUCUUUGUGAUCACAGUAACUGCUAUAAAACAGGGCUACGAGGACUGGCUGAGACACAAGGCAGACAAUGAGGUGAAUGGGGCUCCAGUGUUUGUGGUCCGCAGUGGAAGUCUGGUCCAAACGAGAUCUAAAAACAUCAGGGUCGGGGACAUUGUUCGUGUGGCUAAAGAUGAAACGUUUCCCGUGGACCUGGUGUUGCUGUCGUCGGAUCGUGCAGACGGCACCUGUCACAUCACCACAGCCAGCCUGGAUGGAGAGACCAACCUUAAGACCCACUUCUCUGUGGCGGAGACAUCUGUGUGUCAGUCAGUGUCCCGGCUGGAGUCUCUGCAGGCUGUGGUGGAGUGUCAACAGCCAGACGCUGACCUGUACAGGUUUGUUGGUCGGAUUACGGUGACAGAGCACGGGGAGGAGAUUGUCAGACCUCUAGGCCCGGAGAAUUUACUGCUGCGAGGGGCCAGGUUGAAAAAUACCAAAGAGAUUUUUGCUGUGGCAGUUUACACAGGGAUGGAGUCCAAGAUGGCCCUCAACUAUAAGUGCAAGUCCCAGAAGCGCUCUGCAGUGGAGAAGUCCAUGAAUACCUUCCUACUCAUCUACCUGGGCAUCCUGCUGUUCGAAGCGGUACUCAGCACCAUCCUGAAGUACGCCUGGCAGGCUGAGAACAAGUGGGACGAGCCCUUCUACAACCAAAAGACUGAACAGGAGAAAAACAGCAGUCCGAUCUUGAAGUUCAUCUCGGACUUCUUGGCAUUUUUGGUUCUCUACAACUUCAUCAUCCCAAUCUCACUGUACGUUACUGUGGAGAUGCAGAAGUUCCUGGGCUCCUUUUUCAUUGGCUGGGAUUUGGACCUUUACCACGAGGAAACUGACGAGAAAGCUCAGGUCAACACCUCCGACCUCAAUGAGGAGCUGGGGCAGGUGGAAUAUGUUUUUACCGAUAAGACGGGUACGCUAACAGAAAACGAGAUGCAUUUCCGUGAGUGUUCCAUUAAUGGAACAAAGUACCGGGAGGUUAAUGGCAAACUGGUUCCAGAGGGAAUGACUGACGAUUCACCGGAUGGUUCUAGGCCUCACCUGAUCGGUGAGGAAUUGUUAUUUAUCCAGGCGGUGUCAUUGUGUCACACGGUUCAUAUCAGCUACGACCAACCCGACUGCCUGAUUGGAGACCCGUUCUCCCACUCAAACGGUUUCUCUUCUAAUCACAUGGAGUACUACGCCUCUUCCCCAGACGAGAAAGCUUUAGUAGAGGCAGCGAAGAGAAUCGGAGUGGCCUUCAGUGGCAGCAGCGGAGACUCCCUGGAAAUCAAAACAUUUGGCAAGUUAGAGAAGUACAAACUGCUCCAUGUGUUAGAGUUUGAUGCUGAUCGCAGGAGGAUGAGCGUCAUACUCCAGACUCCCUCAGGAGAUCAAGUGCUGUUUACCAAGGGAGCAGAGUCCGCCAUCUUGCCUUUCAGCACCAGUGGUGAGAUAGAGAAGACGAGACUGCACGUUGAUGAGUUUGCUCUGAAAGGUUUGCGGACCCUGGUGGUCGCAUGUCGUCACUUCAGCCCAGAGGAGUACAUGGAUGUGGACAGGCGACUGAAUGGCGCCCGCACUGCUCUGCAGCAGAGGGAGGAGAGACUUCAGGAGGCCUUCAGCUACAUCGAGAAAGACCUGCAGGUCCUGGGAGCAACAGGGGUGGAGGACAAACUCCAAGACAAAGUGCAGGAGACCAUUGAGGCUUUGCGGCUGGCAGGGAUCAAAGUAUGGGUGCUGACAGGGGACAAACACGAAACCGCGGUCAGUGUCAGCCUGUCCUGUGGUCACUUUCACCGAACCAUGAACAUCCUGGAGCUUCUGCAGCAGCGCUCAGACAACGAGUGUGCCGAGCAGCUCCGCAUACUGGCCCGGAGGAUAAAGGAGGACCAUGUCAUACAGCACGGGCUGGUCGUGGAUGGAGCCAGUCUCUCUUUAGCAUUGAGGGGGCACGAGAAGCUCUUCAUGGAAGUGUGUAAAAACUGUUCGGCUGUGUUGUGCUGCCGCAUGGCCCCACUACAGAAAGCAAAGGUGGUACGUCUUUUUAAAACAUCUCCGGAGAAACCCAUCACCUUAGCUAUUGGAGAUGGAGCUAAUGAUGUCAGUAUGAUACAGGAAGCCCACGUGGGCAUAGGUAUCAUGGGUAAGGAGGGUCGUCAGGCCGUGAGAAACAGUGACUAUGCAAUUGCCAGGUUUAGGUUCCUGUCUAAACUACUGCUGGUCCACGGUCACUUCUACUACAUUCGAAUAGCUACCCUUGUACAGUACUUUUUCUACAAGAAUGUGUGUUUUAUUACGCCCCAGUUUUUAUACCAGUUCUUCUGUUUGUUUUCACAACAAACUCUGUACGACAGUGUUUAUCUAACACUCUACAACAUCUGCUUCACCUCGCUGCCCAUACUGGUGUUCAGCCUGUUUGAACAGCUGGUCCAUCCGCACGUCCUGCAGAACAAACCUGGCCUGUACAGGGACAUUAGCAAAAACGCUCUGCUGUCUUUUCGGACCUUCCUGUACUGGACAUUGUUGGGCUUCUGUCACGCCUUCAUCUUCUUCUUUGGAUCGUACAUCCUGAUGGGAGAAGACACCACACUUAUGGGCAACGGACAGAUGUUUGGAAACUGGACUUUUGGAACGCUGGUCUUUACGGUUAUGGUCAUCACUGUCACAUUAAAGCUCGCUAUAGAGACUCAUUUCUGGACGUGGAUGAACCAUUUUGUGACCUGGGGUUCGAUUGCCUUCUACUUCAUCUUCUCUCUCUUCUACGGAGGAAUCAUCUGGCCGUUCCUCCACAGCCAGGACAUGUACUUUGUAUUCGUGCAGCUGCUCUCCAGCGGUUCCGCCUGGUUUGCCAUCAUCAUCAUUGUCAUAACUUGCCUCUUCCCGGAUGUUGUGAAGAGGGUUUUUUACAGACAUCUGCAGCCCACCAGCACGCAGAAGAGUCAGUCUCUAUCAGCCCCCGCGCAGAGCCUCAGCUGUGUGGAGUCCCUGUGCUGCUACCAACAUGGGCAGAGCGGCUGUUCCCGCCUGGCCCGCUUCCUGGAGCACAUGACAGGCCAGUGCCCGGCCGGGGAAAACCAUUGCCCGACGUCCAGCAGCAACAACAGGUGGGCAGGACUGCAACGACUUCUAACAAUGAUUAGGAAACCUGACGAACCGCCACCAGCUCGUGGUUUCAAAAAUUUGGACAACAGUGAAGAGUGCUGUAGCCCUUAAUGUGGCCGCAACUCAACUGUCUUGGGGCGACACGGAGAACUUCUACUCUAACGAUCGCAGCAUCCUGACGCUGUCGCCCAUCGAGGCGUCUCACUGCUGACACCCAGAGGCCGCUAACUGUAGCGCACAGAGCCAGGGGGGGGUGGGGGGGGAGGCACCUCUCUGCUCUGAGUCCUUACCGCUCCCCUGCCGCCAUUUUAACCAACACACUUCAACUCAAAACUCAAUUCAGCAAGUUGCAAAGCGAACUUGACACGAGAGCUGCUGCAUCUGAACAGAUCUGAGUCUCUGCUGCUGACAGAGGAUCUGAGUCCUGGAGAGAAAUCUGAAGUCUCAUUUAUAAGAGAAACAGUUUAGAAAGAGAUGUGUUGAGUCUUAUAUUGAACCAAUCAGCUCUUGGUGAAGAUAUUUUUCAUUUUCAACGCAGUUUCCCAAACGUGUUUUACUUGAAACUGUCAUAAAAAUGAUCCAGUGAGUUACGGGAUGGAGAUUCCUGCCAGUCGGACCUGGACUGAACCAUUGAGCCCAGCUGCACUGAGGUGGUUUGACCGACACCAGCCAGGAUCCCCCACGUAGCACCGGGAGCUGGCAGCUGAAGUAUAAAAACCUUUUUGAGCUUUUGGCGAAACCGCUGCACCUUCUCUUCCUGAUCAGACUGAAAGGGAAAGACCCCCCCCCCCCCCCCCCCCCCGCAGCCCUGUAGCAUCCAGAGCUUUCUGCUGAUGCAGCGGCUCUGCUCACUUCCAGAGCGACGGUGUUCUCUCGAUACUCUGGGCGGAGCUUCACCUCCACCGUGCAACCAAAGACCGAAGGACUCUGGAGUAUAUCAGAGUAAAAAGUGUGUAUUUUUUGUGCCUGAUUGUACAGAAGCUUCCUGUUGUUCUUGUUGUUGUUGUUACGAAGACGAUUAUUAUUGUUCGCGCUGCUUCUCUCGUCUCGACUGUCCAGGCCUCCCUCUCCCCGCUGGUGGAGCCUGUUUUAAAAAGCCAUACGUUUUCAAGAAGGUUGUUUUCCUGGUCGAUAAUUGAAGGAGCUGCAGACGGGAGCGGUUUGAUUCUGUGGUUUCUGUUGUUGUUGUUCCCCUCAAUGCCUUUUCUCAUUCAGCCUGGUUGGAGAAAGCAUCUCAGCAUUUAGUCUCAUGACGUCAGGGACAUUUUAAAAGCUAAAAUUGACCCAAUCAGGUUUGAGAACAUCUGUGGAAUCAACCUGCCCCCCCCUCGAGCCCCCGAUGGGAUAAUGGUUCCAUUUGGAUCCCAGCCAGACGAAAAUGGCUUUAAUGGCGAGAUGCUUUUUCCAAACCCCGGCUGCUGCACGUGGACCCAGACAGAAGAAUGUGUCCGUCUUCUCAGAGACAGAUUUAUCAGAUGAAUGACUCGGAGAGGAACAGAGGAAGCCGAGUGUUUUUUGCACAAGUCACAAAUCAACUUCUUUUCUGCUUGAAUCAUUGCCUCACUCGUCACCAUUCAAAUCAUCCCAGUCAUGUUUCCGCUCUUACGUUCUCGUCAUGUCCUCCCCCCAUGCUCCUUGAUGAAGUGUGUGUUGGUGUGUAUGUGUUGUUGUGUUCCUCUGUAUGGAAGGAGUUGUGGUACUCAGCUUUCUGAAAAGUGAAAUUAGGAAAAAAUCGUUAAGGUUUAACUUUGAGGAGAAUCCAGAAGGCGACGGAAGAGAGAUUCGAUAUCGAAACCUCACAAGACAACCGUUUUAAACUUGACGACAAAGAAACACACAACUCUCCUCAGCUCACACGGGGAACACACAUAGUCGCAGCAGGUUUCUGAUUCGCUGCCGUCGAUGCUUGAAGAAGUUUCUUUGUCUGAUUCUGAGUCUGACUCGUUCACGUCCUUUGUUUCUUUUCAGUCCGGUACAAACAGAUGCACGUGACAAUGAAAGUGUCUAUUUAUUAUUGCAGUACUUUAUUUUCCUGUGUUUGUGUUGAACUUUUCUUACAUAUCAAUAAAUCUGUAGCUUCUGUAAAACGCAGCGACUCCACCCCCCCCCCCCCCCCCCCCCGUCUACGCUCUGAACCAGGAAGUUAGAAGUUACAGUUCGUGACUCCACCGAUUCUGAUCAUCACUGUUCCUGUUUCAAUGUCAACACAGGAAAUAUCUUCUUUAUUUUCUUUUGAACCAUUUGACCUCAUAUUUGAUAUUUAACGUGUUAAACACUCCUAUAGCUUCUUAUUUUUAUAAAAGGAUCCUUGUUAUCGAUCCCCCCCCCCCCCCUCCCCCCGGGAGUAAAAACUUGAAAAGCAUCAUCUGUGACCUCCGUUAGUUUGAGUGUUUUGUCUCGAGGCUGCAGAAUCUGAUCUCUGCACAAACACCUGCAGUGUCUGAGCAGCGCUGACGCCCCCUUGUGGUCAACUGCGGGAGCACAAAGUGUUCCAAACUAAAGUAAGAUGACGUCAUCACAUCAGUGAAAGAUUUGAUAACGAUAAACGUGACAAACUGAAGUUACAAGUUCAUAAAUUUAUCAACAUGACAAACUACAUGAGUCUUAAUACAUGAUGACAAAAUCAAAAUAUCAUUGAACAAUUUGAAUGUUUACUUUUCAGCUUCAGUGAAAGUUAAAGAUGCAUAUUUGACAGAAACUUAAAGAGGAAUUAUCACAAAAAAAUCUUGAAAUAGAAACGUGAGACAAAAACAAAACCUCGUUGGAGAAAGUACAUUUUAAAAUCUAUAGAAUAACUUCUGGGUUUAAAAAUAAUUUCGAACACUUUGGGUUUGAAGGUUGUUGUUUUUUUUUGUCCAGACUUUAUGUCCUGUCACAUUUCUUCACAUAUCAAAUGUUAUAGAGACAGAAUUUAACGUCUGUGAUUUGUUUUGCUGCAGUUUUUGCAGGAAACUGAUGUUAGAUCUGUUGUUGAACUCGGACGUGAACCAAACUCUCAGUUUAGCAGUUUGGUUCGAUGCCUCCAGGUUAUUUCUCGAAGCAGGAGAUGACUCAGCCUCAUAAUGUGAAAAAAGAAAGAAUAUUUAAUAUUUUAUCACCAGAUGAGGAUCAUGUCGUCAAUCAAAACCUCCAUCAGAGUUUAAUUGGAUCUUAUUUAAGACACAGAGCCGUAAAAUCCUGGCCCCAGUCGAGGUUUUGAGUUUUCCUGCUUCUUGGAAAUUAGUAAAAAGACUAAAAUCAGCCGUCGGUCGUCUUUGUUCUCGGCUUUAGAAACAUAAUGAAAAUCCAGACUUCUCCUCUGGGUUUAACUGCAGAUGUAACAUCAUGGUCCACGUUGGGUUCACAGGGUUUGUUAUUAUAAAAUGUUCUUGGUUCAAGUGAAAUCUUCCUGAAGCUGUUCAGCCUCUGACGUCGGAGCCUCGGCUUCUCCUCACAGACCGGAAUCAAAUCAUGCUUUUCUCGAUGGAAACAGGAAAGUGAAUGAAAGUGUUCAGAGAUCUGGUUUCUGAACGUCCUGUGACUCAGCAUCAGGCAGCCAGACUGGAGGAUCAUCUCCCCCCCCCCCCCCCCCCCCCCCUCAUCAGCAAAUCAGGCUUCAGCUGAUGAUUCAUUCUUCAUCAUACUUCUGUUAACUGAUGUCCUCCUCCUCUUCCUCUGUCCAUAAAUCUGUCUUAUAGUGUAUGUUUAUGAAGAUGCGACUCUAUUUACGAAAUAAACACAUUUUUAAGAAACGA